AUGUCACUCCUUCGUUUCAUAUCCGAAGGCUCCAAUCUCGUCGUGCUCUCUAUUUCACUCCACUGUCUCUGUUACAUUGGAAUCAUCCCUUGCCGUCACGGAUCGAAGGAAAGCUUCUCGAAAAGCAACAAUGGCCAGUUUGGCGCUACUACGCUUGAGUGGGCGUUACUUCAUCUAGUGACCGACCAAAACAUACAAGAGAAGCUGUACGAGGAAGUUGUCGGAGCUGUGGGCAAAAACGGCGUCGUUGAAGAGGAUGACGUGACGAAAAUGCCUUACUUGGAAGCAAUAGUGAAAGAGACUCUCCGGAGACAUCCUCCGAGACAUUUUCUUCUCUCUCACGCCGCCGUUAAAGAUACGGAGCUUGGCGGGUAUGAUAUUCCGGCAGGGGGAUAUGUGGAAUUUUACACUGCUUGGGUUACUGAGAACCCGGAGAUUUGGUCGGAUCCGAGUGAGUUUCGACCCGAGAGGUUUUUACCAGGUGGAGACGGUGUUAAUGCUGACUGGACCGGAACACGUGGCGUGACAAUGUUGCCUUUUGGUGCGGGUCGUCGGAUCUGCCCGGCUUGGUCUUUAGGGAUUCUACACAUCAACUUGAUGCUUGCUAGGAUGAUCCAUUCGUUUAAAUGGAUCUCUGCUCCGGAUUCUCCACCCGACCCGACUGAAACUUACGCGUUUACCGUUGUGAUGAAGAAUUCGCUCAAAGCUCAGAUCAUAUCAAGGGAUUGA